UCGUUAAUCGAAACAAACGAGCGUCCGUGCAAACGAUGUUUCCGAUCUCUCUCUUUCUUUCUCUCCCUCGAAAUAGUAAAUAAAUCUCCCGUGAUGGUUAUCAACGACGCCCGAUAAUCGCCGGCGAAUUAGAAUUUCAGAAAAAAUUCCAGCACCCUCGUUCGCGCAGAAUGACGCGAAACGUGAAAGGGAAGAAAACGGCGAAGAAGAGGUUGCCAAGGAGGAUUGUUCGAAAAUUCUGGCCGACAAAGAUCGCCGCGUUGAUCGUCUCUGCUAUACAAGAUCUUCGCGAGACGAAAGGAUCCACACCUAGCAAGAUCAUUGGGUACAUUAGCUACGCGUCCGACAUGGCCGACGGAAAGGUUAAGCGACAAGUGAAGUCCGUUUUGAAGAGAGGUUUGAAGUACGGUAUACUGAGGAGGCGCGGCGGACACUAUUUCCUUCCGACGGGCGACCAAUUGGACCGCGCGAAUCGCGUCGCUCUGAGGUUCGCCAAGCUACCCUUGCCCCGCAAGGUCGCUCCGAUGACGGAUCGAAGAAGGACGAACAAGUCCACGGUGAAAGCACGGAGAACGAAACGGCUCGUGCCAUCUCGUCCAGUUUUAAUCUCGCCUACGGUCAGCUCCACCAACACGAUCUUCAACGUCGACGACCAGUAAACCAGGCGGAUUCGUUGCCGAGGCC